UACCUGCGUGCACCUUGACGGUCGGUCCUGAGUCUCGAGGACAAACGGUGAACGGGCGCCGGGCGCGAGCAUGGCAGCAGAAGAUGCUCAGUAACGGAGACAGCGACAGGAAGCAACCGAAGAGCUGCUCCGGUGGCGGGAGCGGCUCGGUCCAUGUCCCGGCCAUGGAGAGAGCUCGGCCGGUGACGGUGACCGUGUCCGCGGUGAGCCUCGCGCUCAGCGUCCUGUCGCUGCUGCUGCUGGCCACCGCCAUCUCCACCGACCACUGGUACGAGACCGACACCCGCAGGCACAAGGACAACUGCGACCGGCACGGAUCCGACUCCAACGACCAGAAGAACCGGGAGAUGCCCAUCUACCACCUGCCGCUGGUAGACACCGGCAGCGGCGUGUCCCGGCAGCGGGACGUGGCGCUGAUGAAGCCCGUGCAUGUGGGCAGCCGAGAGGAGGAGCUGCUGGAGAACUGGAGGGCGAUCCUGGGGAUGGGCAUCCUGGAGACGGAGUGCGGGAGGCCGCUGUUCUCCACUCACUCCGGCCUCUGGAGGAAGUGCUACUUCAAGGGCCUGGACCCGGACAUCGACAAGCUCAUCGACCGGGGUAUUGCUGAUCGAUGCACCGCUGUCAAAUAUCACUUCUCUCAGCCAAUCAGAUUGAGGAACAUCCCUCUGAACCUGACCAGGACCAUACAGCAGGACGAGUGGCAUCUGCUGCACCUGCGUCGGAUCACCGCAGGGUUUCUGGGGAUGGCAGCAGCCGUCCUGUUGUGUGGGUGCAUCGUGGCGUCGGUUGGAUUCUUCUGGGAGGAAAGUCUGACUCAGCACGUGUCCGGACUGUUGUUCCUCAUGGCAGGAAUCUUCUGCACCAUCUCUCUGUGCACGUACGCAGCCAGUGUGACCUAUGACCUCUCCAGAAACCCUCCGUUCAUCUACGGUCUGCCGGACGAUGUGGAUCAUGGUUACGGUUGGUCGAUCUGCUGCGCCUGGGCCAGUCUGGGUCUGACCGUGGCUGCAGGCUGCCUCGGCACCACCUUUCCUUUCCUGAGUCAGGCUGGAGCUCUGCGAUCCAAAACCGCUCGUGCAUCCUCCGUCUGAGACGCUGCUGCUCGCGCAGAGGAAGGAACUGCAGCAGGACGGGUGUCGUCCUCCAGGUGGAGCUGUGGGUUUAAUCUGGAGCAGCAGACAAGUCUCUGCACCACAGCGCCCCCUGCUGACUGUAACACACCACUAUGGUGUUUAUGAUGUGGACAUUAAUGUACCGUCUGUUAAUUAACACACUCAUGCACUGUAUACUGACUGUAGUUGAGUCAAAACAUUUAAACUGCGAAGAUUUUUUUCAAUUAUUUUUAUUAUUUGGACUUUUCGAUCGUGACUGCCCCCCUGUGGCCUAAUCUGAGUUGACAGCAGAACCAGGAUCCAUGUUGAUUCAUCUGUGGAUUAUUUUCUCAGCUCAGCACACAUAUGAACAUGUAGUGCAUGUAUGAACAUGUAGUACACAUAUGAACAUGCAGC